GCGGAGGCCGGGGCGGAGUGCGCUCCUAGUACCGUCCUUACGGCGGCCCGCGGCGCUGUUCUCGCGAGAGCUGGGCGCGAGUUCUCGUGCGAUUUCGGCGCCGGGGCGAGGAGGGAGAUCCAAGCGGGGCGCGCGCGGCGAGCCAUGGAUGACUUCGAAAAUAACACCACCGUCUUCUCGGCCCUGAGAUCUCUCAACAACUUCAUUUCACUGGAGGGGGCGUCUGGGCCGGCGACGCCAGGCUCGUCUCGGAGCGCCUUGCAGAUUCAGUACCAGCAGAGGGUGCAGAUGGAAGAACAAGCUGGCCAGAUCCACUCCAAAUCCCAGCUCCUGCAGGUGGAACGAGAGAAGAUGCAAAUGGAGCUUAGCCACAAACGAGCUCGCAUUGAGCUGGAGAAGGCAGCUAAUACCAACGCCAGGAACUAUGAGCGAGAGGCUGACCGUAACCGGGAGCUGCUCACGCGCAUAAAGCAAUAUCAGGAAAGGGAAACAGAAGCUGAAAAUAAACUGAAAGAACAAAUGGAGAUGAGCAAAUGCUAUAAGAAGAGCAUGGAGACAAUGAGUAAGAAGCUGCAAGAGAAGGAGAGCAAAUUAGCUGAAGCCAAUGAAACAAUCACUGUAUUAAAAGGGAAAAUCUCAGAACUGCAAUGGAGUAAAAUGAAUCAAGAGAUGCAGAUGACAAGCCAAGACUCUCAGAAGCAGGAACUGAUGGAACAGCUGGAUGUUCAACAUAAAAAAUGGCAAGAAGCUUGUCAGCAAAUUCAGAUGUUGCAAGCAAACCAAUCCCAUCUAGCAGAAUAUGAACAGAAGAUUAAGGAUCUGGAACAGAAGCUCUCCCAGCAGGAACAUGAUGCUUUAAUUGUCAAGAACAUGAAGACAGAACUGGCUCGUCUGCCAAAAAUGGAGCGGGAAUUGCGCCAACUCAAGGAGGAAAAUGCCUACUUCAGGGAAAUGAAAGAAAACAAUGGGUUGCUCAAAGAGGAGGUAGAAGGUCUCCAGAGAAAACUGGAACGCUAUGAGAAAGUCCAAGCGCAGCUCGCGACCGUUGAAUUGGAAAAUGAGAAACUUCUGGGAAAAUUAAAAAGCUGGGAGAGAGUGGACCAGAGCACCGGCUUGAACAUCAGGACACCGGAUGAUCUCUCCAGGCAAAUUGUGGCCCUGCAGCAAAGGGAACUUGUGCUGAAAGAGCAGAACUCUACCAUCACGAGCAGUGCCCGAAUACUAGAGAAGGCCCGGGUACAGCUACAGGAGGACAUAAUACGGAUUCAGAGCCAGCUCUUGGAGGAGAAGAAGAAACGCGAGCAGCACGAAACACUGGUCAGGCGGCUGCAGAAACGUGUGCUGCUGCUCACCAAGGAGCGGGAUGGGAUGCGAGCAAUUCUGGAGUCGUAUGACAGCGAGCUGACCCCUUCAGAGCACUCACCCCAGCUGAACCGGCGCAUGCGUGAGGCUGAGGAGAUGGUGCAGAAGCUGCAUGCUCAUAACACUGAGCUGGAGGCUCAGCUGUCUCAAGUUCUGGAAGAAGUGGGGAAUCACAAGCAAAGAGCAGAGAUGCUGGAGGUGGAGAUGAAAAUCCUGAAGUCUCAAGAGUGCACAGCAGAGCAAAGUACCAUCGUUACCAAGGAGGAGAUUGACACAUUAAGGCAGAAAAUUGAGGAGCUGGAAGCUGAACGCAGCAAGCUGGAAGAGCAGAACAGAUCUCUGGAAAUGAAACUGGAGAAGCUAACUGUGCAGGGUGACUAUGACCCCAGCAAAACCAAAAUUCUUCAUUUCAGCAUGAAUCCAGCGAGCUUGGCCAUGCAGCAGCGCAAGGAGGAGCACCAGCAGCUCCAGGAGGCAUAUGAAAGGCUGAAGGAGACAGUGAGGGUGCUUGAAGGAGGUGGUUCCAUCCCUGAGAAUCUGGAAGGACUUGGGAGUUUACAGUCAUCACAAGAAAUUGCAGAGCUGAAGAAGCAAGUGGAAAGUGCAGAACUGAAGAACCAGCGUCUGAAAGAAGUUUUCCAGACCAAGAUACAGGAGUUUCGCAAGGUGUGCUACACGCUAACAGGCUACCAGAUCGACAUCACGACUGAGAACCAGUACCGCCUCACCUCCAUUUAUGCCGAGCACCAAGGGGACUGUCUGCUUUUUAAGGCCUCCAGCUCCUCCGGUCGAAAGAUGCAGCUUCUGGAAAACGAGUUCUCCCGAACCAUCCGGGAGCUCAUCGAGCUCCACCUGCUUCGCCAGGACAGCAUCCCAGCAUUCCUCAGUGCACUCACCCUCGACCUCUUCAGCCGCCAGACCAUUGCUUAGCAUCCCACUGCCAGCACCAGCCGCGUGUAGACCACUCCUGGGCAGGUCUCUUGAGGUAGCAAGGAAGAAUUCUCCCCCCCACCUCCUUUAUUUGUGGUAUUGGGUUGUCUCUGGUUUGCAGGGAUCUCCUUCUCCCCCUUUCAUCCUGAAAUCCCACUCUGAUUCCUAUCAAAAGCAUCAUUUCCCUCCUGUGGGAGGGCAAGUCUAGCUCCAUCCCAGGGCUCUACUGUGCCAAGACCCACUCCCUGCCUUUGAACUGGGAAAUGUGUUCAUCACUGCCUAGCCUGUGUCGGCAUCUCUCUGGGAAUAUGGUGGGAAAUGGUGGUUUGAGGAGCCAUAGCAUCACCGUUUGCAGCUUUUCACAAAAGGGUCCCCCAAAUCUGAGCUCUGGCAGAGAGAUGAACCUUGCAAGAGGCUGGUGCUUCCUGCCCUCAUAGUUGUCUUCUCCUCUGGGAGCCAAGGGCUUGGUCCUUGAAGCCAGGGACGUGCAGAAGGAUCCGUCAUGAGUAGCAGGUUCUUUGUGGAUACCUCCAGCUCUUGCAAGCAGCUCAUCUCUCAACAGGGCUGAAAUUAUCUUCCAAGAUAUCCCAUUACCCGAGCCUGCCACCACUCAGCAGACAAGCACAAGCAUAAAUGGCCAUUUGAAGGCCUGUACCUGUGUUGACACCACAGUGUUGUGUGAUGUGCUCACAUGUCACUGGUGUGCUUUUUGUUCCACACCAACACUCUUGGGUUCUCUAUCAUCUCAGGACUUGCAGGAGGAGCAAUUUGGGUUGUGCUCACUGCUGCUGGGUUUAGCUUGCCAGGCUGUGGGUACCUGCUCAGCUUGACAGGGGUCUCCCUCCUCAGAGGGCACCCCCUCAAGUAUGACAUGUUGUGUUACAGUGGGUAUAGUUCUUCUGUUGGAAGAAUAAAGUGUCACUUCCUCAA